AUGGUUUCUCCAGCCGAUGUAAAAAAGCACACUGUUGCUUCACUGGGAGUAGCUCCGGUUGGCAAAACACCGGAAAAGAUUCAGAAUGGCAAAGACUUCUAUAAAUUUUUCUUUACAACUCACCCGGAACUUCGCAAGUACUUCAAAGGUGCCGAAAACUUCUCUUCUGAUGACGUCCAGAAGAGCGACAGAUUCGAAAAACAAGGCACUUCACUGCUUCUGUCCGUGCAUAUUCUGGCUAACACCUACGAUAAUGAGGAGGUAUUCCGUGCAUUCUGUCGCGACACUAUUAACAGACACGCAACCCGAGGACUCGACCCUCACCUCUGGAAGACUUUCUGGACAAUCUGGACAGGGUUCCUAGAGAGCAAAGGUGCAACUUUAACCGGAGACCAGAAGGCCGCCUGGGAAGCCCUCGGCACAAUGUUCAACGAGGAAUGCCAAUCGCAUCUGGCAAAGCUCGGACUGCCCCAUGUAUAA